AUGGCCUCCGCUACCAUACUCACCACUAAUUCUCCGCGGGAGGACGACAAUGAGUAUGUCUUCUUCCAUUCUGGCGGAGUUCCAACGUACCGCAAAGUCGUCCACCGGGCAAAUUCCCAGGAGAAGGCAAACAUCAUCCCUACUAUCGAUAUUUCUGAGAUCGACACAUCCAUAGAAGCGAGAAAGAAGUUAGCAAAAGAAAUCUACCACGCCUGCACUACAUCUGGCUUCUUCUAUUUGAGCGGUCAUGGAGUUCCCGAAGAGCUGCUGAAUGGGACAUUCGAUUUGAUGAAGAGAUUCUUUGCUCUUGACCAUGAAACCAAAAUGGACGCACAUGUCCAAAAGAAUCCUGCAAUCCGGGGCUACGAGCCAAUGUUCGAAACCCGUCUGGACCCACGGACUCAGGGUGACAUCAAAGAAGCUUUCACAAUGGGUGACGACCCGCUCGAACCUGAACAGGAAUACACCGCCAAAACUGGCAACCCUCCUCCUGCUGGUAUGCACCGUCCGCUCAACACAUGGCCGCGCGAGGCGCCUUGGUGGCGAGAAGGCCUGUAUAAAUAUUACAACACGCUCAUGCCGCUGAGCCUCAAAGUCAUCAGGCUGAUGGCACUGGCUUUUGACCUGGAGGAGACGGCUUUCGAUCAUUAUUUCAAGUUCCCCAUCACUGGCAUACGCACCUUGCACUACCCACCGAUGCCAAAAGAGAGCGAACCCGGUGCCGUGGGGCUGGGAGCACACAGUGACAAUACCUGGCUCACCAUGGUGUUGCAAGACCAAGUGCCAGCCUUGGAAAUUCUCAGUAAGGACGGUGUCUGGAUUGCCGCCGAACCCAAGCCAAACACCUUCGUCUGCAAUGUUGGCCGGUUCCUCGAGCGCGUGACGAACAGCAAAUUCAUCGCGACCGUACACCGAGUCCGCAACAUGACGGGAGAACGGCGCUACUCGCUCGCCUUCUUUCAAACCCCGGAUCCCGACGCUGUUAUCAAGGUUCUGGACUGCUGCCUUGAACCCGGAGAAGGGCCCAAGCAGGACGAAGACACGGUGGGAGACCUCUAUGUGCGUCGGGUGCUGCCGGCAAGGCCGAAACAUCCCAAGUCAAACAAGUAUCAGCAUGUCCCAGUAAACGAGUUGAAGUAUGACUUGUUUUAUACCGAUAUAUAA